AUGUUUGACGAGCUGCUGUGGGGGCCCGCGACACCGGACAUGUUUGUCCUGGCCUGGGAGCUCUCUGGGCUCCACACCAACCUGGUAGUGGUUGUGGCCCCAGGAACCAAAAAUGCCUGGAUACUCCGUGUGGUGCUGACACCGGAGUUCCUGUGGUUCAGACUCCACUGGGCAGGGUGGCCAUACCCUGGUAAGUAUCAACUGUCGGUAUCGAAGCAACAGCGCAUGCUAACCAUCUCUCAGUCCAGCUUUCCGACUACUCCAUCCACCUUAUCGAACUCCUCCACUCCCACCACCUGGUUGCGCCAAUGGCCCUCCAUUAUAACAUGGGGGUCAGCAACCGGUGGUGGGGAGCUCAACCACCAUCUGGGGAUCUACCUCUCCCCUGCGGCCGCCGCGAAGCCAGUUACCGUUCCUCCAAUGGAGGACUUGAUGCCCAUGGAGGGCAUUGAGGUGUCUGUGGGUGUUUUAGUCGCGACCGUCGGCACCAGUGUCCGGGAGUACUAUCCCGGCAUGGAUGUCUGUGAGGAGUCGGGUGGCGACCUCCACGUACUCGCUGACGAGUACCUGGCUGGUACCCUUCUGAAGUGGGACCAGCUCCACCUGUUUGACGAGCUGCUUUGGGGGGCCGCGACACCAGAGAUGUUUGUCAUGGCCUGGGAGCUCUCUGGGCUCCACACCAACCUGGUCGUGGUCGUGGCCCCAGGAACCGAAAAUGCCUGGAUACUCCUAUCAACUGUCGGCAUCGAAGCAACAGCGCAUGCUAACCAUCUCCCAGCCCAGCUCACCGACUACUCUACCCAUCUCCUCCAACUCCUCCACUCCCACCACCUGGUUGCCUCAAUGGCCCUCCAUUAUAACAUGGGGGUCAGCAACUGGUGGUGGGAGCUUAAUCACCAUCUGGGGCUCUACCUCUCCCCUGCGGCCGCGGCCAAGCAAGCUACCGUUCCUGCAAUGGAGGACAUCAUGCCCAUGGAGGGCAUUGAAGCCUCUGCGGGUGUUUCGGUCCCGACGGUCGGGAACAGUGUCCGGGAGUACUCUCCCGAUAUGGAUAUCUGUGAGGAGCGGGGUGUGUCCUCUGUCGCUCCCGCCCCCGCCCCCGCCGCGGCAGCUCCUGCCCCCCCGACGGUUCACACCAGUGUCCGGUAG